GCAGCGAUGCUGUGACAGUAAGAAUCUGGAUCUGACUGUGUAAGAAGUUCGCUCGGGAUUUUCAAGCGCAAAAAAAAAAAAAACACAGUGAAGAAAAAAAUUAACACCGCACCAUGGCCAACAAAGCGCAGCCUCCUUACCUACACCUGGCGGAGCUGACUGCCUCCCAGUUCCUGGACAUCUGGAAACACUUCGACACUGAUGGUAAUGGCUACAUUGAAGGCAAGGAGCUGGAAAACUUCUUCAAGGAGCUGGAGACUGCCCGAAGAGGGGCUGGUGUGGAUCCCACAAACGUUGCCUUCAAGGAGAAGAUGAAGGAGUUCAUGGCAAAAUUCGACAAGAACGCAGAUGGGAGAAUUGAGAUGUCCGAGCUGGCUCAGAUUCUGCCCACAGAGGAGAACUUCCUGCUGUGCUUCAGACAGUUUGUGGGGUCCAGCUCGGAGUUCAUGGCGGCAUGGCGGAGGUAUGACACAGAUCGCAGUGGAUACAUUGAAGCCAAUGAGCUGAAGGGGUUCCUGUCAGACCUGCUGAAGAAGGCCAACAGACACUAUGAUGACCAGAAGCUGCUUGAGUACACACAGACCAUUCUGAAGAUGUUUGAUCUGAAUGGAGACGGGAAGCUGGGUCUGUCAGAAAUGGCCAGGCUACUACCAGUGCAGGAGAAUUUCCUACUGAAGUUCCAGGGCAUCAAGCUGACCUCUGAGCAGUUCAAUGCCAUCUUCACAUACUAUGACAAGGAUGGAAACGGAUACAUCGACGAGCAAGAACUGGAAGCUCUGCUCAAAGACCUCUAUGAGAAGAACAACAAGGAGGUGGACACCAAGAACCUGACGGGCUACAAGAAGAGCAUCAUGGCCCUGUCGGAUGGCGGGAAGCUGUACCGCACCGAGCUGGAGAUCGUCCUGUGUCGGGAGCCAAUGCUGUGAACCCUGUGACCCCCCCCUGACCUUUGACCUUCAUUAUCCACCCCCACCCUGCCCCCUGACCCCUGACCCCAUCCCAUAUAACACCGACCUCCACCUGUCAAACUCUACAUAACCAGGUGCAUGCGCUGGGCUCGGUUUUCAUUGGUUUUUUUAAAGUAUAGAUGUGCAAGUGAAAAGGCACAGACAAACCCUCUAGCUUUUGGCCUCGCCCACCUCCCGCCCCACCCCGCCCACCUCCCGCCCCAUCCCCUGCCCUCCUGCCCAAUCGCAGACAGGCGCUUCUCUUAAACGUCACCAUCGUCUGCGGCUUGUUUUCGUUUGUUAAGUUCUAUUUUUUGAAACUUUUAAAUAAACAAAUAAAAAAUGAAGCAUAAGGUACAUCUUAAUAAAUUAAUAUAUUUAAUCUGAGAAAAAUAAAUGAAAAAUGAAUAUGACUAUGAUGUGAUGAAUAUCUAUUUGAAAUGCUUGGUUUGACUUCUGUCUUCUUUGUUGUCUUCCCUACUCCUUCUCUUCUUCUUCUUCUUUGGUGGGUCUGCUGUAGGUCCUCCUGCCUCUGUCUCUCGCCAUUGUAUCACCGUUACCUUGUUUUGUUUAGGAGUUUUUGGCUAAUACUGUUUUACUGAGGAUGUCACUGGAAGCUACAAUAAAGAUAUCUGAAGACUA